AUGUCGGAUGCAGCAAUUAAGGAAAACGAAUCAGGAAUUCAUCACAAAAGAGAACUACGAGCAAAGAAUCUAGAUGCUACCAAAACUCGUCCUGACCCAUCAACAUUUGCUAAUCUUGAUGGAUCAAUCAAGAAAAACACCGCAUUCAUUAAGAAGCUCAAGACAUCUCUAGUCGCUGAUCAGCUCGAUGCUCUCAUAAAAGAUAUUACCUCCCUCAAACUGGAAAAGUACAUUAGUGAAAUAGCUACUGCCAUUGCCGCCGAAGCUAGAUUCAAAACCGCUGCCGAUGUUCUCGCUGCCGUCGAAAUAUGCUCGCUUCUUCACCAGAGAUUCAAGGACUUUACUCCUGAACUCGUACCUUCCCUCGUCAAACAGAUUGGUCCUCCUCCUUCAACUGCAAACUUGUCGCCUGAACAAAAGGAACGUGAAGAAUCGGGUCGGGUCGCCAAGCAAAGGAGUGCUAUGCGUUUGAUUACGGAAUUGUACUUGGUUGGUAUUGUGGUCGAUGCACCCAACGCCAAAGAAUCCAUCAUGACGCGGAUGAUCAAGGACUUGAUUUCCAGUGAUAAGGAAGGGUAUGCCAACUUGACAUUGGCUGUAACUUUUGCCAAAGCAUUCGGUCCAUACUUUUUCGGUCCAAAGGUACAUACUGAUGAAGAGGAUGUAGCUGACAAAACUGCACAGACUUCACAAGAGUACGACAUAUUUGUGCCAAAAGACAUACAGAAUAUCAUAAAGAGUCUGUUUUUGGAUUACUUCAAGAGAGCUGAAAAGGAUUUAGUCCGAGGUCACAAAGCUAUAAGGAAGAUGGAGCAUGCUAAUCAAGAACACUUAAUUGCAAGAGGCGAAGUCUCAGAAGAACGUCAAGAACGUUUUGAAAAGAAUAUGAAGACUUAUGAACGACUGUUGACUGGAGUGCAAGCUUUAGCUGAUGCCCUAGACCAAGAAAUGCCAGAUCUACCAAAAGACGACGUAUUCUCAUCUCAAUUAGGAGGAUCGGGGGCUACUUUAACAGUGGCAGUCCGUCCUGACGAUGAAGAUGCAGGAACUGGAGUUUGGGAAGAUGAAGAAUCCAAGUCUUUUUACGAGGACUUAGUAGACCUGAGAUCAAAAGUACCUCCUGUACUACUUGGUGAACGUGUAGAACCCAAAGUUGAAACUGCUGAAGAUAUUGAACAGGCUCUAGCAAAAGAAGACGAUGGUAGCAGUUCAAAGACCACUACUCCAGAACCUACUGAAAUAGAUGCAGAAGAUAAUGAUGUUGCAACAGAAGAAGAGACUGCAACAGAAUCCGCAACUACUACUGCUGCUCCAUCAUCGGGAGCGCCCUUGGCGCUGUUGAUCACUCGUUUAUCUGAACCGAUGAAUCGAGAGGCAAUAGACACAUUGGCUGUAGAGUUCUGCUUUAUAAACACCAAGACGGCUCGUCGCAAAGUAGCCACCCAUCUCAACUCUGUAUCAAGACAAAGAUUGGAUUUGCUGCCAUUUUAUGCAAGGUUUGCGGCUACCUUGCUACCUUAUAUGCCAGAUAUUGGGCAAGCAGUGCUCGACAGGAACAUUCGAUAUAUGGCAGAACUGGUAAAAUUCAAAGUAGCACCUCCACAUAUGGCAUUUCACUAUAUCAAGUCCCUUCUCGAUGUCUUUGUCGGUGAGAAUGUGGAAUUAUUGUGCAUCUUCCUGGAAUCUUGUGGUCGUUUCCUAUUUCGGUCUCAUGAAACCAGUCCUCGUAUGGCUACCUAUCUGGACAUCAUGAUGAAAAAGAAGGCUGCCGUCAUUGUUGAUCCCCGCCAAGUAGCACUGAUUGAUAGUGCCUAUUACGACUGUAAUCCUCCUACUCGACUUGCCGCUGUCAAGAAGGAACGGCCACCUAUACAACUAUACAUUCGGAAAGUCAUCUAUCAUGAUCUGAAUAGGAAGAAUGUCGAUAAAGUCCUAAAGCAGCUGCGAAAGCUGGAUUGGAAUGAUCCAUUGCAUCUAUCUUGCAUCACAAAGGUAUUUCAUAAAGUAUGGAAAGUGAAAUUCUCGAAUCUGCAUCUUGUGGCCUUUCUCGCUUCAGAAUUGAUGCGACACUAUCCUCAAUUCGGAAUUGGAGUGAUUGAUGCGACUCUUGAAGAUAUCAGAUUGGGUUUAGAAACCAAUCUGUUUAAGAUGAAUCAACGAAGGAUUGCCGUAGUCAAGUUUCUUGGUGAAUUGUAUAAUUACAAUAUGUUGGAUUCACCUGUUAUCUUUGAUACCUUGUUUCUAUUGAUGACUUAUGGACACGAAGGAGGAUUUGUCAAACCUGGUGUUAUGAAUCCUCUUGAUGCUCCACACGACUUUUUCCGAGUUCGCUUGAUUUGUACAUUACUCGAGACAUGUGGCGAAUACUUUGAUAAGGGCCCUACUGGACGUCGACUUGAUGAUUUUCUCACAUACCUCCAACUGUACAUUAAUAGCAAGGCCAAAGCACCUAUAGACAUUGACUUUCUAGUCGCCGAAACCUUUGAACUGCUACGACCAUCACGUAGACUCUAUAGUUCGUAUGAAGAAGCAUUGACUGCUGUACAAGAUCUAUAUAGUAAGCGAGUCGGAUCUGCACAGACGUCCCAGCCUGAAAUCGCUGUAUCUAGUCCAGACGAUGAAAUGGAAGAAGAGGAAGAAGGCGUCGGUCAUGCCAACCACGAUAAAGAUGAGGAUGGAGAAUCAGAUGAUGACGAUGAGGGCGGAGAAGAGGAUGAUAAAGAAGAAGACUUUAAUGAAGAGGACAACAAUGACGAAGAUGUCGUUGUACAUAUGCCUGAAACUGGUAUGGAAGAUGAUCCAGACAAUGAUGAAUUCGACAAGGACUUUAGUCGUAUGAUGCAGGAUUCACUAGAGUCUCGCAAAACAGCGCCUCGACCACCUACAUUUGAUGUACCCAUCCCUGCCAAAUCCGCCGCCAUGAAACGAGAAGAAGAAGGCAAUAUGAAUCCAGACCAGGUAGCAUUCACCUUGCUUGUCAAACGAGGUACGAAAGCCACCAGUAAAUCACUCGUAAUACCUGCCGAAUCAUCACUAGCACAAGCUGCUCGUGCACAAAUAGAAGCUGAAAAGGAAGAACGUGGGCUGUUGAAGCAGCUUGUUCUCAACUACGAGGAACGUGGGAGGAUUGAUGCUGCACGAGAAGAAACUUUUAUUGAGAAUGCAAGAUCUUGGGGGUCACUCAAAGACCAGCAGUCUUCAAGUGGUAGUACUCGACUUGAAGAUGAUAAUAGUAUUCCUCAGGCAGAGUAUAUACCUGGAUUAGGUCGUGGCCGAGGCAUUCGAGAAUUCCGUACAAGUAAUAAUAGUAAUUUCGUUGCUGCUGGUGGGGGUGGAAGAGGUGAUCAGCAACGUCGUGGUAGCAAUGCACAAGGUGGUGGUUACGGUCAACGUGGAUCCUCGCGUGGUGGAGGAGAGGGUAGAGGCAGAGGAGACGGCAGAGGUCGAGGAGAGUUUCGAGGACGUGGUAGUGCUGCAAGUUGA